AUGUCUGACGAGGAUCGAGAGAUUCCGUUGACCCUUUCAACGGGAAACUUUGGCCAAUCACAGGCACGAGCUCGUCAGGUUGUUUCGCCGGCUCCCGAUAAAACAGGCAGUCCAGCGAGUCGCCGCCUUCAAGUCGUUCUUGUUAUGGAUUUAAAGGUUCAGAAAAAUUUGCGUUCUCGAGAAUUGGCGGCAAAUGAUGUGCAGAAAGUGACUGAUCAGCUGAAUGUUCAAUUGACGAAACUCGAGUUCGAUCGUUUGGAUUUCGGUGAGACGAACACGCUGGACACUUUUUACAGCGCUGAUGUGGCGCUUGUUGAUGUUUCUGUGCCGCAACAACAAGCAUCACUAUGUUAUCAUAUUGGUGUCCGGGAAAGUAUGGGUCAAAACUACAAUCUCAUCCUCACACUUCUCGACGAAACCGAUAACAAGCUCGAGACGUUAAAGCAAACCCUCCGCCAUCAAAUUCUCGUCUACUUCACAACGCCCGACUCGGCGCAUUUGAUGUCAACCGAGAAAAAGGAAGGCGUUGAUUUCGGAGAAUCGACGAAUCUCACGAAAUCUGACUGUAUCCGCGGGAAAAUUGUCCAAUUCAAGCAUCGUCUAAAGAUGGCGCUCAAAAAUGUGCAAGUCGAGGCAAAUGCUCAUUCUCGCGAGAAAUUCCUCUCGGAUAUCCGAAAAGUGCGCGAAAUCACCGAUGUGAGCGAGGCGAAUGCUUUCCUUGACAAAAUGCGCAUUCGACUCGAUAAUCCGGAUGUGUUGAGUGUGGACACGGUGCAUCAAUUGCUCUUGGGAUACAGAGACAAGCAGAACUAUGAGGGAAUGAUCUCGUUGAUCGAUGAGCUGAAGAAAGUCCCGGGUUGUGGCGUCCUCCAGGCACAAGCGAUUCGUUUUCUCUAUGCCUUUGCGUUAAAUCGACGAAACAAGGGAAACGAUCGCGAUCGCUCGCUGGAGACCGUCUUGAAAAUAAUGACCGAUGCGGAGAAAGUAAAAGAUGGAAAAGAUCCAAAGGAUGCUUUAAGUCCGGAUAUGAUUUGUUUGGCUGGGAGAAUUUAUAAAGAUAAAUUCUGCGCGAGUGGUUAUGAGGAUAAAUCGAGUCUGGAUAGUGCGAUUCAAUGGUAUCGAAAAGCUUUUGAAUUAUCCCCAUUGGAGUACUCGGGAAUCAAUUUGGCGACUCUGCUUCGCGCAAGUGGCGAAACGUUCGAGAAUAACCCGGAAAUGUCGAGAAUUGGUCUUGUCCUGAAUUCGCUGCUCGGCCGGAAAGGAGCCCUUCAAUCAUUGCAAGACUACUGGGAUGUGGCCACUUUCUUUGAGGUCUCCGUUCUCGCCGAAGAUUACUCGAAAGCCUGUCAAGCCGCGUUGCGAAUGUCCCAAUUAAAGCCCCCAGUUUGGCAUCUUCGAUCAACAAUGGAGAACAUCAAAUUAAUCAACAGAUGUGCGGCCACAAUGAGCCCAAUUGAAAAGGACAAACAACAAUUCCUCUUUUGGACUGAAUUCUUCAUGGAGGCUACCGAGAGUGAAACGGCUCCCAUUCACUGUGCCCGGUUUCCUGUACUCAUUCAAGAGCUCAAGCAAUUCACUCCAUCAUUUCUGACGAUGAAUGUGCAAGAAGGAUCGAUCAUUUUGAGUCAUGUACUUGAGAAUUCACAACAGAAAAAACCGCCACCAGGCAUCCAUCGUUGGCAUUUUACUUCGGGUAAUAUCAAAGCUGUUUCGAGAAGCAAACGGGAUGAUCGAAGUCUUUUUCUUUAUGUACAUGAGAAUUCUGAUGAUUUCAAUCUCGUCUUCCCAUCAGCACCACACUGUAAUAAAGUAAUCAGCGCUCUUGAGGAGAUGACUCAGGGAGCUGAGGGAAACAGUGGAAAAGUACUAAAUGAUAUCGAUUAUGGACAAAUGCAGUUCGAAUACGAGACGGACAAACAGGGAAAUCGAGUGAAUCUCGGCAGUGGAACAUACGGUACCGUUUACGCGGCUCGCGAUCUCACCACUCAACGCCAAAUUGUUGUCAAGGAAAUCGAAGUGAAAUUCGAUGAAGAGGUUCAACCUCUAAUGGAAGAGAUUCAACUCCAUUCUACACUUCUUCAUCAAAAUAUUGUUCAAUAUUUGGGUUGUGAUUUGUUAAAGAGAGACACGGGAAAUGAUGUGUUUUUGAUUUUCAUGGAACAUGUUCCCGGUGGAUCUUUGUCGAAUCUUUUGCGUCAAAAAUGGGGAGCCCUUAAUGAGCAGAAUAUGGUCAACUAUGGAAGACAAAUACUUGCCGGAUUAAAAUAUUUGCAUGAGCAAAAGAUUGUGCAUCGUGAUAUCAAAGGCGACAAUGUUUUGGUCAACACCUAUAGUGGGAUUUGUAAGAUUUCGGACUUUGGAACGUGCAAACGUUUGGCUGGACUUAAUCCGAAUACAGCAUCGUUUACUGGUACUCUUGUUUAUAUGGCUCCCGAGGUAAUCGAUCAUGGUCAACGUGGAUAUGGAGCACCGGCUGAUAUUUGGAGUUUCGGAUGUACUUGUGUCGAGAUGGUCACCGGCAAACCACCAUUUCUAGAGCUUCUUUCUCCUGAAGCUGCUCUUUUCCGUGUUGGAAUGUUUAAAUGUCAUCCACCAAUUCCAGAGGAAAGACUUUCUGAGAGAUGUGUUCAAUUUAUAAAAAGUUGUUUCGAACCCGAAGCCAUGUUGAGACCAACAGCUUCAAAACUUUAUGAUGAGAUUGGAGACAUUCUUUCAAGAAAACGAGCGGGCUCGAUCAGCAAGAAGCCGCCGACCGACUCGAAACAUAAAGGAGAAUUCGCGCGCUCCACAUCGCACAUUGGCGGAAUGGGAAUCGAAAAGAAAACAGAAGAAGAUGGAGGAAAUGGAGAUGGAAUACAACAGACAUACACCACACAAACACAGCCAAAAACGAGAACGAUUUCAACGACGACGAAAGAUGAGAAGAAACUCCAUCUGAAGAUUGAACAUCCCAGGUUGGAUGGCGGAAAUCGUACCUAUUCGGCUUCACCAGUCGAUCCUCCAUCAGUCUGCUCUUCGCCAAAUCCAAUGUUCUUGCCGUUUAGCCAGCCAAAUAGCCCGAUUUCCGACGACAUUCAACAGCCACAAUUGGUGACCAGUCCCGGCUCGGUUCUCUCGACUCCAAUGAGUGUCGGACACGGACCAUUGCUCAAUCGCACAAUCUCCGAUGAAACAGGCCAUCAACGCUUUUUUAUGUUGAAGAAAGAUUCGGAAAGACGACAUUAUUUGGCUCGUUUCAUGAAUGAAGAGAAAGAUGAGAUUGUCAACAUUUGGUUCACUCAACUGAUGCACACGGCAAAAUCGAGCCCAUGUGUUACAAGAAACAUGUUGAUGACACUUUUAAUGGGAAUGAAAGAUUAUCUUGUCUACAAGAAUAACGAAAAGAUUCAGGACGCUCUGAACGAGAUUCGUCAUCAACUCGACUAUGAGCCGACAUCCGUUUCACAGAUCAAUCUCGCUCUGUGUACGCCUUCUCCUCUUUUUUGGCUGGUCUUACGGAAACAAAUCAUCAAACCCCAUUGGAUGUUCGCUCUGGAUUAUCUCAUCCGAUCAGCUGUGCAGGCUGCCGUGCAAAUUUUGAGCCCUGAUUUGUCGGCUGUCUUACAGGUUCACGACGUAGCCGCGACCCCAUCAUCGACGGCGACCGGUCAACGGCCGUCUGUUAGCCGAGACAGUGCCGUGAGUGAAGGUGAUGCAACGGACAGCCGCCCUCCAUCAGCUCCACCAGCUUUCGAGUCAACAGUCGUUCGAGAAAAACGAGAAAACAUACGAGGAGUCCAUGAUGAUAAUAAACAACUAUUUGAUCACUUACUCGAAGUGGAGAAAGAAUUGAACACUUUACUCCAAAUCAUCAUCACUGAUAAGAAAAGAAAAAUUGCGAAUUUGAAGGAAUUCACUGAGAGACCGGAAUUGAUGAUCUCUCAAUUGCCAUCACUUUCAACUCUUCCGAAUGGAUUGACAAAUGGAGGAUCGACUCAAUCAAUUCAACCAAUCAGCAAUGGAUCAUCGCCGAGAACAUCCGUGCCAAGAUCAACCGAAGAAGUAGUCUCUUGGUUGAGAAGUCUCGACGUUGAUGAUCACUCAAUUCAAUGUGUUUUACGGGAGGGGUAUUCAAAAUCGGAUCUCCUUGAAUAUGUGACAAGGGAGGAGUUGAGGCAAUGUGGAGUAAGCGGCGGCUCAUCGUGUCGAAUCUUCCGCGCUUGUCAAGAAGUCCGAGAUCGUUCUCGUCGCGGUCAAGCUUUCCUCUCGGCUCCACUUCUCCGUCGAGACGAUUCCCUGGACGACUACCAUUCAUCGAUAGCAGCUGAUGAGAUGGGAAAUCCGGAUCAUUUUCAUCAU